UUGCCAGUGAAACGCGUAGCUUGAAACACGCAUACGCUAUGGGAGCCCGAGUUCGAAUUGCAGCGCAUUUGCUCAUCUGGACGCUGCUGGCAGUGGCCGGCAUCCAAGGCAGAACCGAAGAGGACGACGUGGAGGAGGCGGAACUGUACUCAACUGAGGCCACGACCGAGGCCUCAACGGAGCGCAGCAGCAACAAGCGACUAGUGAACAUCGAGAGCCUUCAGCAGAACUGCGAGAUCAAGAGCGGGCUCGCCCGCUGCAGCGGGUUCAAUUUUGAGGAGCCGGAGGAGGUGGCAUUCUUUGAGCUGCCCACACAGGUGCGCAUAGCGCCAGAUGGUGCUACCUAUGAGCUGGGCGAAAAACAGCCGCUUGGCACACUGAUUAUGGAGAACUCAACAUUUGUGAAUUUUCCGCUGCACUUGUUCUACGAGCUGCCGCUGCUGAGCGAGCUGGAUAUGCGCCAGUGUCGCAUGCAAUAUGUCAGCUGGGAAUGUUUUCUUGCAGCGGAUAAGCUGAAGAUUUUGCUGUUAUCUGGCAACGCCAUCACUGAGUUGAGCGAGCGAAGUUUUAGCUAUGCCAGCGAGCUGGAAUUUUUAUUUUUAAAUGACAACAAGCUGAGCCGACUGCAUCCGGAUGCGUUCAAGGGUUUGCGAGAGUUGCGUCACCUCGAUCUGAGCGGCAAUCAGAUAGAGGAGCUGCCGGAACGUUUGUUCGAAGAUCUGGCAGCACUGCAUCAGUUAACAAUCGCUGAGAAUCGUUUGCGCUUUAUCAGCAACGAGCUGCUGGCGCAAAACAGCCGGCUGCAGACAAUCAUUUUGCAGGGCAAUCAAUUGAGCCAACUGGGCGAAUACGCGUUUAGCUCGGCUCCGCAUCUGCUCGUCCUGGACGUGUCGCACAACGCGCCGCUGGAGAUGGUCGUGCUUAACCUGAAUGCGGGCCGUUUGAUAGCCCGCAAUUGUUCGCUUAUUCGCGUGAACAUCUUUGGUGCCGUCUCGAAUGUGGAUUUGGGCGAUAAUCAAGUUCAGGAAUUGUAUUUCUCGGCACCGGAGGCGCUAGAGGAUCUGGUACUGCGCAAUAAUUCGCUGGUGCAGCUGGCAACGCUGUCGCGAGUGCCCCGGCUGCGUCGCCUGAACGUGGCCAAUAAUCCGCUGUUGCGGGAACUGCCCAGCGAUUGGCAAAAUACGCAACUGGAUCGUCUCGACUUGAGCAAUACGGGACUGGAGCAGCUGCCUGAGGCGGUAUUGCGUGGUAUGCCUCAGUUGCGCAAGCUUAACGUUUCGGUCAAUAAUAUCAGCGACAUCGAUCCACAGGACUUUAGGCAUUUGUCCCAGCUGACACACUUCUUUAUACACGGCAAUAACUGGAACUGCUUUAAUCUCAAGAUGGUAAUGGAUAUGCUCAUACUAGCGCACGGUAUAACCUACAUUCCCGAUAGAGUCGAUGCCGACUUUCCGGGCAGCUACAUCAACGGCAUUGCUUGCAUGUACCGCCUGCCCGAGCGAGAGCAGUUACAAGCGAAUUUGAAGCCUGAAUUAGCAGACGCUCCAUCCUCCUCCUCUGCGGCCAGCAUGGAGUACGCGCAGUACAGCCAGCCCACGGAGGUGGAAAAAUUGCGUAAAGAAUUUAAAGCUGUGGUGCAGCACAUGGAGUCUAAAUUCGAUAUGGUUUUUUCGCAACUAAAUAAUUUGAAUGCCAAAAUGAUGUCAUUGGAAAACAUGAAUAGCUCAUUGUGGAACCAGUUGACAAUUACGGUGUGAAUAUGGAAAUGAUCCAACAGCGAGACCCUCGUAUUUCCGUGUAUAAGAAUUUAUCACUAACAUUGUAUUUACUUUAUGUGUGCUAUUAUAUAAUAAAGUA